GCUAAGCGAGCCGCCAUUUGUAUUUCCUUGAAUUCUCUUUUGUUUAUUUCGUCUUCCAACAAAUUGAGUUUGUUGUAGUUUGCCGUGAGGUUCGGCCAUCGUUAUGGCCAUGAUACCUGUGGCAGGUGCUUCUGGAAAGAGAAAAGAAAUUUAUAAAUAUGACGCGCCUUGGACGAUAUACGGCAUGAACUGGAGCGUGCGGCCUGACAAACGAUUUCGACUCGCGUUGGGUAGCUUCGUAGAGGAGUACAAUAAUAAGGUCUGAUACACAACGAAUUUGUGUUUAUUUUAUAAACUUUACUUCCAUUUGAUCGGAUCUUUUCAAUUAUCGCUGUCUUUAGGUUCAGAUUAUUUAUCUCGACGAGGACACCGGCGACUUUGUGGUGAAAGCGACUUUUGACCAUCCAUACCCAACAACAAAAAUUAUUUGGAUUCCUGACAGUGUAAGUCGAUUGAACUUUUAUUUUGAUAAAUGGUGUCCUAGUCUUAGUUUUCUCUUCAAUAAUUGUACCGAAUUAAACACAGAAUCUUGGAAGGUAUGUUGCUGCCGAUCCAGUGAAAAUCUACGACAGAAGUUCAGCGUGCUUUCCUUGUGAUCUUAAACAAAAGCUUGAUUCUCAUCGUAGAAGCUUAUUAUCAAAUGCAAAUUAUUUUUCAUUGCCAGUACGCAAUAAAAGCACGACAGUUUUACCUGCUAAACGUUUUUCGUUUGAGGCGACCGCCCAUAGAGGUUUUCAUUAUCUUGUUCAUUCAUGUUCUGUAAAUGGAAGUAAAACGACUCUUUGAUUGAAAGCUAAAUUGAGCACUUUUGUUUAGACACACAAUGAACAAGUUAACAGCUUUUCUAUGAAUGAAAACGGUAUGGUGGCUUUGACAAUCAAACAUCAAUUUUCCUGUAUUGCUCAUAUCAAGCUGUAAAUUGUUAAUUUGUUGCUUUAAUUUUUCUCAGUUUCUCCCCCAAAUUAUUGUUCGAGUAAUGUUUGAUAUCAGCAAAACUUCACACAUAAUUAUAGCAGCUUGUAAGCUGGCUAGUGCACUAGUCUUAUGAAAUAGUGCUUUUCAACUUCAUUUAACAGUGGCUAAAUUUAUCAUCCAAAACUUUUUGUCAUUUCAUUCAUAUUCUCAUUUUUAAGUCAAUGCCUUUCAUGCAGAAUGUUUGCACAUUAUAUGUGUACAUACAGGAAUACAUUUACGGGUAUGAGAAUUGUGGUAGAACUGCACAGUGUAUCGUCUCUGUCACUGAGAUCCUUGAAUUGUAAGUGUAGGGCUGUCCUAACAUGAAAUAAUUUUAUGGCUGGCAUCUUGUAGAGGCAGCAUCUUGAAGUUAGUUUUGAGUAGUAAUAAUCUAUCUUCAGUUUUUUUUUUUACAUUUAACACAUCUGUAGCUCCAACAGUAUUUAUAUAAAACUGAUAAAGCGGCCUUAGUGGAGGAUUACAGGGAUGUCACUAAGAGCCAGCUGCUGGCUAAUUUCAUGGAGAGCUUACCACAUGCUCGAAUCACUGUGGAAAACAAAGACAUGGAGUAAUUUUAAAGAUGCAGUUGAGCAAAAUAGUCAGCUUGACUGACAAAAAAGCCUGCUUAGGUUUUCUUUAGCUACAUCCCUGGGAUUAUGUAUAUAACUGAGAAAUAGCUUUCUGAAGCAAAUCCUGUGUUCUAAUUGUUUACCCAUGAAAGCAUGUAGGCCUAUCUUGCCCACUGAUUUCCCCCUAUCCUCCCACUAGUAAAAAUUUUCUUUUGACCAUCUACAUGUGAUAAAGUCUUAAUUGUCCAAUCUUUGUUGAGAUGGCUAUUUAUUAGCCUGCACUGCGGAUGUAAUGUCUGCGAAGCAGCGCCUAAUUCCAUGUUCUAGGCCGCCAACGAACUCAGCAGAUAACUGGAAAUGCAUUUUGAAUUUCCUUUCAACCUGAGUCUCAAAUCAACAAUGGCUUCUUUAACAAGCUAAUCAUGGCGGCUACUUAAACCAAGUCCAUAGGUGAGGGCCUAGAACAAGGAUGUCGGUGCUGUUUCGCAGACGGACUUUGUUUUGUCUGCAGAGCAGGCUAGCUAUUUAUUGGCCUCAUUCUUUUUUACCCUUUAUAUGGACUAUCACUUUGCCUUAGUCGUUCAAGGGUAAACAGCCUACAUGUACAUGUACUUGGCUUGGUGCUUGUUGAACAACAGAUACGUGUGUACAAACAACUGUACACUGUAUGAUAUACAUGUAUUUACCAGAAUUUACACUUGAUUCUCAACAGAAAGGUGUAUAUCCUGAUUUAGUGGCAACUUCAGGUGAUUACCUCAGGGUAUGGAGAGUUAGUGACUCAGAUGUGCGUCUUGAGUGUCUCCUUAAUAAUGUAAGUUAACAAAAAUGUUUUAGUACUAUCAUACGUGCACAGGAGCAACAGUGUGUUAAACUUAAUCAGCUUACAGCUGUACAAGUACAUGGCAGGCCACAACGGGGCUAGAAAAAAAUGUGAAUUUUAUCUUGUCCUUUAGGCAAGCAGUUCUAACUUUUGUUUGCUCAUGGCCUCUUCUUGCUUAGACCCUUGUCCAUUGGACAAAUGAGUUAUUAAAAGUAACUUGCCCAACAAGAAAAUCUACUUGUCCCGCACUACUGGGCAGGACUUUCUUCAAGCUCUAUCACAUAUAUAAGCACAAAUAGUUGUCAAUAUUCCUUAAUAUUAGUUAUUCUGCCUUUAAAUGUGUCUGAAAAUGAACUGCUAGGUUCUCCUGUUAUUUGCUAGUAAAUCAAAAGGGGAAUUUUAAACUACAUCAAGAGUAUUUGAUGCACCCCAGUAAGUGAAGUGCCACAAAAUUGCAGAUUUGUGUGUCAUACAGUUAAUGAUCUUGUUUUAUUUAAUUUUUUUAUGCAAAAGCCAUCGCUGUACACUGUAAUUUCUUACAUUUGCCUUCAGUGUGUGUGUACAUUUUGUACUUCUUUUUGUUACACAGAAUAAGAACUCUGACUUUUGUGCUCCUUUGACAUCUUUUGACUGGAAUGAAGUGGAUCCAAAUCUACUAGGAACGUCAAGCAUUGAUACAACAUGCACGAUAUGGGGACUAGAGGUAAUGAUCAUAGCAUUUCUACAUGAGUUAUCAUAGUCCUGUAUUAUAACUACUGUAGAGAUGAACCUGUCCACAAUGGACGACUUGUGGCAGAGGCAUUUUAAACAUAGGUGAAUGUACAUGUUCUUCUGAGACAAACAGAAGUGUCUACUCUGGAUGUGGCACAUUGUACAUACCGUAAAAUUCCGAAAAUAAGCCCCUCCAAAUAUAAGCCCCCAAAACUGGUAACCCAAAAACCCCUCCGUUAAAUCGCCCCUCCAAAUAUAAGCCCCAGGGGCUUGUACUUGGAAAAUUGCCCUCAAAUACAAAGUAAAACAAAGCAAAAAUGGUAAGUUUAAUUCAACUAUACGGCUAGCCCAAUUGAUUUUGAAACGCAAAUUUCCUUCCGUAGAUAAGCCCCUCCAAAAAUAAGCCCCUCAAAAAGGGCCUUUGAAAAAUAUAAGCCCCGGGGCUUAUUUUCAGAAUUUUACAGUAACUUCCCAAUUGCUGUUAGUAGAGGUUUGACCAGUAGAACUCCCCUUACAUUGCACAGCUUUACACCAUUACAGUGUAUUCCUACCAGAUGGUGGACACAGUGAAUCACCUGUGCUCAGCCACAUACACGUACACGUACACGAACAUGUAACAUUGAUGUAAAAAACACAACACCACUUACAAACUUACCUUAUACUUGUAUAUACAUGUAUAAGCGUAAAUGUAUGUGUACUGCAUAGCAUAAGUGUGAUCUUUGUCUUUUGGCUGACUGCAUAAUUAUAGUUUUCACCGAACAAAACUUUGAAGAUGAUUAAUUCUGGAAUAUGCAUACAUGUAAAUGGAUCCAUAUUAUUUACAUUUUAUUUUUAUAGACUGGUCAAGUUCUUGGCAGGGUAAACAUGGUGUCAGGACAUGUAAAAACACAGCUCAUUGCUCAUGACAAAGAAGUAAGUAAACUGUAACAAAUUACCUUUGCAUUUCACUCUUGUUGGAAGUUGGGAAAAGUUUUAUAGAUAAUGAUAGUUCCUCAUGAUAAUAAUGGCCACAGUGGAGUGGUAGCUUUGUAAUGUGAACUGCUUGUUGAUUUUUGUCUGUGUGUAUUUUAGGUAUAUGAUAUUGCAUUUAGUCGUGCUGGUGGUGGAAGGGACAUGUUUGCUUCAGUAGGAGCUGAUGGUUCUGUGAGGAUGUUUGAUCUCAGGUGAUAUACAUUUACUAAAAAAUUACAGGUCUUAUUAUGUGCAGUAACCUAACCUGGGAGCAGGACCGCAUAAGAGAGAGCACAUGAGUGCUAAUAUUAGGCCUGAGACAAGGUGUGCCGCUAUGGCCAGAUUCUGGCCAUAAUGCUGAGUGCCUGUGAGUACAGUGCAACAGGAUGUGUUUGGGUAUUCUUCUCCUCCAACAAGGAUUUACAGAAAUUUAUUUUUUGAAUGUUUCUUCCUCUGUUUUUUUAAUUCCUUUUUGGAGAUGAUAGUAGGGGUAUGGGUAAGAGGGUAAUGCACUGUCCAUUUUUGUGUACUGUACAAUGUGAGUGCUCACCAACCCACCAUGGUUCAGCUGUAGCCUGUUGUCUUACAAAGCACCCAAAGACCUUUUCUGCUCCUUGAUCUGCAUGUACCAACUGAAGGUUAAUCUUAACACGAUUGCAAAAAAACAUUUGUCUCGUCUACAGUACAUGCAACUAUUACAAUGUGGCAUCAAAUUAUUAUUUCCUUCAUGUACAGACAUUUAGAACAUUCUACAAUAAUCUAUGAGGAUCCACAGCACAGUCCCCUGCUGAGGUUGUCAUGGAACAAACAGGAUCCUAACUACCUAGCAACAUUCUCUUUGGAUGCAAUGGAGGUUUGUUGAAACUUACAUGGUAAAAAACAUAAAAUAAUUGUAAAUAUAUGAACAGUCCAGAAUAUCCCUAAAUUUAAGGACAGGGCCAAAUGGUCACACAACACUUUUCAACCAAUGAGAAGGCGCACUUGUGUUUAUCAAUAAACAAAUCAAAACAUCGCCCCAGUGAUCAAAAAUUUUCAAAACAAUGGACAGAGUCGGACAGAAUUAACGAUGAGCUUACAGUACUCGUCUAGGUUUCACAUUUAAUAUUUCAAAGAAAACAUUUCAUGUAAGAGAAUAAGAGCUUUAAUCAUUGCAAGGAAUCGUUGGGGUGUUCGAAAUGAUUCCAGACCGAUCGAAGAGGUUGUGGCUUCACUGGCAUAUAUUCACGUCCAAGAUCUCGCCUCACUUUGCCGAAUUUUCGGGCAUGAAAUUGAAGAUCAUAAGCGCAAGGUAGAUACUAACCACUUUGUUUCUGAAAUUCACUAAUCUGAAAAGAUUUAUGUUGUUGGAUUCUCCAAAUGUUCAUCCACCGUUAAAAAAAAAUCAAAGAAAGAAGGCAAAUCUCAAUUGUAAAUGAUGUAUUUCGCUACUCAUUGAACGUGUUAUGAUGACUGGUUCUUUGAUUCUUGUCCCGUAGAAGUUAAUAGGUAGUACCAAUCCUGUUUUGUACGAUCUCAACAAAUUUUCACACUCUAAGGCCAUCUUUACACGGGACCAGUUUUUCUUCUAUCAAAAAUCUUGCAAGCCAUGCCAGUGAAGCCACGACCUCUUCGAUCGGUCCGGAAUCAGUUCGAACACCCCAAUGAUUCCUUGCAAUGAUUAAAGCUCGUAUUCUCUUACAUGAAAUGUUUUCUUUGAAAUAUUAAAUGUGAAACCUAGACGAGUACUGUAAGCUCAUCGUUAAUUCUGUCCGACUCCGUCCAUUGUUUUGAAAAUUUUUUAUCACUGGAGCGAUGUUUUCAUUUGUUUGUUGAUGAACACAAGCGGGCCUCCUCAUUGGUUGAAAAGUGUCGCGUGACCAGUUGGCCCUGUCCUUAAAUUUAGGGAUAUUCCGGACUAAUGAAAACCAUAUAAUUAUGUGAACUAUGGAGUGAAGAAUUAUGUGAAGGAAGAUCAUUGCAGUUAUAUAAGCAACUUUUGUUGUUGCAAAAAGAAAGCCUGAAAAAAAAAAUUUAGGCUUGUACCACUACAGGAUUUGAUCCUUUUACCUCUGUGACACCGGUGCAGCACUCUACCAAUUAAGCUAACAAGCCAACUGGGAGCAGGAUGUUGAAUUGGUUUGUUAUAAACCUGUGAAAGGAUGAUGAUGAAGUUUUGAAUAUGUGAAAAUCAUAUAUGUGAACUGCAGAGUGAAGAAUUAUAUGAGAUUGCAUAUAUAACUGCGAUGAUCUUCCUUCACAUAAUUUGUAAAAAUUUAAUUUGUCUACACCACUGUGGCCUGGGUUCGAAUCCAGUGUCAACGCCAUACAGUGUAUGGGGGUUGAGGUUGUGGUUGGUUCUUUUCACUUUUCCCCUCUCCUCCAAACCAACAAUUCCAAAAUUAAAUUUCAAUUCGAUCUCAUGUGUUCCAGAUCAAAUUGAAAUUUAAUUUUGGAAUUUUUGGCUUGGAGGAGAGGGGAAAAGUGAAAAGAACCAACCACAACCUUAACCCCCGUACACUGUAUGGCAUUGACACUGGAUUCAAACCCAGGCCACAGUGGUGGGAGAUAAGUGCUCUCACCACUGCAGCACCCCUGCUCUCCUGUACAGCUGUACACAUGUAUUAUGACAAGUUCUCCCGUAGCCCGCUACUUGUAGUUGCUGUACAUAUGUACAUGUUGUUACUGCUUUGUCGGUAUACAUAAACCACCUCACUGCUCACAGGUUGUUCUUUCUUUUUAUGCCUGUUUGGUGAUUAGAAAAAUGACUGAAAAAGACCUAAAUACCAUUUUGUGCAAAAAAUUUCAGUAGCAAUUUUGCUCAAGUAGAACUAAAAUGCCUUUAGCAAAUAUGCCUGUUAGCCUAGUGCUUAACAAGUAGAGUGUUUAAUGCAGCUAUGGCCUCUUUGUUUAAGUCAAAUGUGGAAAGCUGGCUUGUUCUCAGGAAGUAAAAAAUGUUGUGUUCAUGAAAUCUAGAUUCUUGCUGUCAGGUGUGUUUCAGUUUUGUCCUUUUUUGAAUUUUACAGUAUUUUCAUUAGUUUUUGAUCAUGGUAAUACAUGUACAUAAUACUGAUGAGUUUGAAACAAAAGAAUAUAAACCAACGAACAAAUUGAACCAAAAGAUAUACAUGUACAUGUGGUAUUUUACAGUGAGAACGCUUGACAUCAGGUAUGCAUGUGAUGUACAAUUAUACAUACAAAUUAUUUCCUUCUUUUUAUGGUAUAUCCAGGUGAUAAUAUUAGAUGUCAGAGUACCAUGCACUCCUGUAGCAAGAUUAAAUAAUCACAGAGCUUGUGUCAAUGGAAUUGCAUGGGCGCCACAUUCAUCUUGUCACAUUUGUACUGCAGGUUAGUUCAAUUUCUGAACAUAUUUUUGUGUACAGUGUAGCUAAUAUUACAUACAUACAAAGCUAAAGAAUGAACAAUGAGUAGGCACUAUAGUCAGGAGCAAAAGUGUGCCAGCCAUUUUGUCCCUGUCCAUGUGCAUUUCUGCUUAGUUGUUUUUGUUUCUUUUGCACUUGCCUGCAUGAUCAAUCUGACACCUCGUAUACAUGUAAUUAUCCCCAACGAGUUCAACAAUACAGCUACACGUUUAAAUUUGUAUUUUGAGCCUUCAAAGUGUUAGUGAAGUGACAACUGCAUGACAAUAAUUAAUACAUGUGUAUGACUGUGUUUGAAGCGAUUUAAGCCCAGUCUGUGUGAGACUAUCAGUUCGGAAUAAACCUCGUGUAUAACGAGUGAUCAUUUGUUCAGGGCACGGUGAAUAAAAAUAGUAACGAUGAUUGUAGCUGUACAUACAUGCACAUGACAAGUUGUGAAGACAUAGCACAUUAUUAGAUUUGUUGAAAUGCUUUAAAGAUCAGGAAAGACAAGAAAUGUCAUUAGGUCAUUAGGUCGCACACAAAGUCCAAACUGAUGGUUGCACUUGCGGAAGUCAAGGAAAAGUACAUGUGUGAGUCAGAAUGGAGCUUGUCAUGCCAUCACACAAGUUGUCAAUUGGUUGUUAACAAGCCAUGCCUCAGGUUGCUAUGUCAUAGAUCCAACCUGAAAAUUAUGACCACACACUGGGCUUGUGGAGUACUAUAAUUACAUGUAGAUGAAGGACCCUUUUUCAAAUGGAUUUCAUCUGGAAUAAUUUGGCACUAAGGAAAUAUGGAAUAUACACCCCUGUACAUGCAACUGUUUCACCACAAUCACCUGUAUCCCAAUAUGGCCUGAUGCAAGCGCAGUACAGCUCAACAGGAAGGGAGCGCUCGUACAUGUACGGUGUAAAACGUUUUGAACGCUUUUUGAUAAUGUCCUCGAUUCUUAAGUUUCUCUGCACAUCGUUUAGAGUACAGUAGCUGCAUCCAUCGAUGCACUGUUUAUCCCAAUUCAUUCUAAGUACAUUUAAGAAUUUGUUCAUGCUUAGCGUGCGUAUAUCGAGUUAUGGAUGCACGCGGGAAGUUUGGAGAGCACGAAAGAUGCGUAAGAGUUGCACGAGACGAUAGCCGAGUGCAACUCUAGCUUCUUGAGUGCUCUCCAAACUUCCCAAGUGCAUCCAUAACUCGAUAUACGCACAGCUAAAAGCAUGAGCAAAUUCUUUUAUAACAUAGCUGACAAAAAUGCUUGCUUUUUGAUUAACUGCAAAAUUCUCGUAACGUGCGACACAAUAACAAACGCUUCUAUUGGCUGAUUACGAACACGCCACAAUCGUCUUGUUUGAAUGAAAAUAUUCUUUCUGUAAAACUGAGAAAGAAAAUUUGUUUCUUUAUUCGUUAACGAUCAAUGGAAACUGUACAGAAACAAAGGUAAAAGAGUCUUAAAGUUCACCUAAAGUUAAAAUCCUCCGUGACAUGUUCAUGAGAAGUCGUGGAGUAUGGUUUGGAUUUGCUGAAAACAUGUUUAUGUUUUGCUUGGCGAAAUUCAGAAAACAUGUUUUUAGCGAAGACGAUUGUCAUCCUUCUUUAAACUUACAUUCAUUUACGAACAUUGGCUGGUCAUUACAACUUCUUGAGAAGACCUGGCAGCGGUUGUUUUUGUGAGUAAUAAAUUUAUGUCUUCUUGUGUACAUUUGUGUUGUUAUUGCGAGAGAAAUUUUCCUGCUUCAGUCGGAUUGUACGGAGAUAACAAUAGUGCAAAACAAAUUUAAAAACAACAAUAAAAACAGAAAUUUUAGCUUUAAAUGUUGUUGAUGACCAGUUGGUGUCUGUUCUGUUCCCAGUGAAUGUCUUUCGUCCAAAAUUUCCUGCAGCUGGUCUUCCGACAAAUUUGUGAAAAGCGCAACUUGCGAGUUUUUUUCAAUUCGGCUUUAUUUUUGCUGCUUGUUGGAUCAGGACCUAAAAGGUCAAUGCCGAUAGAAAAAUUGAGCAGUUCUUCGCUGGUUUCUUCCAUAUUUUACAGAGAAGGAACACUGCACUGUAGCUUAAAAGACGACAACUUUGCAGCCAGGUAAAAAAAAAUGCUCACGUCAUCUUAUUUACGCACGAGCGUGCGUAAAUAAAGAUUUUGUUCAUAGCGGCUCAAUAGGACUUAUAUAGGGCAAGCACGCGCGUGUUAUAAUGAACAUUUAAUAAUUCACUCAAGAAGCACAGGUUUUAAUGGAAGCAUAUGCACGUAUUUCUUUAGUGUUCUAUACUGAAGGAUUCAUCACUCAUUCUUAAAGGGUGAAUGAGAGGAGAGUUUCUCAAAACCACCUUUAUGCCAUCUGUUUUUUUUUUUCUUUCAAACCGUUUCUCACAGAUGUUGGUCCUUAAGAUGAACUCAAUGAGCUUAACGACUUGCCUCUUUGGAGUCUCUUUUUUUUUCACAAUGUAGGCAAUAUGAAUAAACAAAAAUUCAUAAAAGAGGUACAAGGUAUACAUGUGGUUCCAUGUGUAACCCCAGUACUUGUAAUACAUGCUUACAGUCUUUAUUGUAUUCGGCAAUUUGCGUCAUUUUCUUUCCAUGGAAUACAAAAACUAGAGACUCAGACGGUAAUGACGGAGAAAAUCUUAUCGGCUUUGAAGCUCGAUGAAACAUUAUGA